AAGCGACAGCAAGUGCUGGUACUACGAGUUCCAAGGAGCACGACGAGUUGGCAGCCACUUUGGCAUCUGCUCUCUUACCAGGGGCCAUUCCUCCUUCGAUCCCCGGGAAAAAACCGAUGCCCAAAACGCCAUCCAAUUCGGUUGUCAUUCAGGAAGGAGCCAACGUUAGUGGAGCCAAGAAAAAGUUGCCUCCCAAGACUCCCAGAAAUUCUGUCAUUAUUGCUUCCGAAGCCGAGGCAGCUGUCGUGGCUGUCAAUGUCAAGGAAGACGAUGACGACGACGAUAUUCCCAUGAUGGGAAAGGUUUCCAUAAAAUCAGAAGAAGAAAAAGCCACGCAACAGGAACAGCAGCAGUCAUUGCCCACCAAAACACCUCGCAAUUCCGUCGUGGUGCCGAAUCAAGAAGCCGCCGCGGCAGCCAUUGUGGCAGCAUCCGCCGCCGCACAGGGCAUGGCCAUGCCUCCUCCUCAAAUGAUGCCGCAGGGGAUGCCGCUGCCGCAGGGAAUGCAUCCUCACCACAUGAUGCCACCGCACGGAUUUCCACAGGGAAUGCCUCAUCCAGGAAUGAUGAAGGGAAUGCCUCCUCAGGGCAUGCAUCCACAGGGAAUGCACCCUCAAGGAAUGCAUCCUCAGGGCAUGCCUCCUCAAGGAAUGCAUCCUCAGGGAAUGCCCCCUCAGGGAAUGCCUCGUCAAGGCAUGCCUCCUCAGGGAAUGCCUCCCCAAGGUAUGCAUCCUCAGGGAAUGCCACCCCACAUGCAGGGCAUGCCGCCACAGCAAAUGGGCAUGCCACCGCCCCACAUGAUGGGUGGAGCCGUGCCCAUGGGCAUGCGCAUGCCAACGCAAGGACCCGCCUGGCAACGUCCACCACCGCCGCCACAACAACCGCGACCCAUGCCUCCCAUGAGAGCAUUUUGCAAUCCUCAUCCCAAUGCGCCGCCCAUUCCGGCACAGGCAUUAGAGAGCAAAAUGAUGAAGUCCAGAGAUAUUUCCUACAUUAUUCAUUCUAUUCUCAAACCGGUUCUCAUGGCAGGAUUUUCCGAAAAUGACUACGAUAUUCAGUUGCUCUACCGACAAUCGGGAGCUAGACCCGCCGGACCCAGGCCCGUCAUGUUUCGAGGGGCAGCAGCAUCACGCAAGGCUGAUUCCAAUUCCGAAGCAACCACCUCCAAUCCGGUACAACAAGAAAUGCAAUCGCGAGAAAAGAAAUCCAAAGAUUGGUCCACCAAGAAUGCCGCCCUGGGGCACAUCCCCAAGGCAAAUGUCGCUAGACCUCGCGCGUUGAUUGCCAGUCCUGUCAUGGCAUCGCAAGACAAUUCAUCGGAAAGCAAGAGCAAGACGGAACAAAAGAUGAGAGCACGACUCUGGAAGGCACGUAUUUACUGCGAUCAAGCCUAUCAGGCAUAUCUUACGGUGGUGGAUAUCUGGGCCAAGGCGGCACCUGGAUCCGUCCCACCGCAAGUGCAGGCGCCGCUGAUCAAAUUGAUGAAGUGUCUGGGAAUUGCCCCGGAAUCGACAGAUGAUGGCAGUGCCGCUACUGCCACUACUGCAGGAGACUUCAAAGUUGAUCCACUCGUUCUACAGCUAUUUCUCAAAUUGAGCAAAGGCCGAGUUUUGAUGGCACGGAUUGUGGAACAUGCGUUGUUGCCGCCUAGUGCCGUGCAGGCUGUUUUGCCAACAACGCUGGAUAUCCUCUACAAGACGCCCCGGCAGCAAGAGGAUCCAACAGAUGACCGCUGCUUUCGUGCAUUGACAAGUGUCGUUCAGACGUUACCGUCGCUUUCGGGUGAAGCAAUGAUGCAAUGUGCCGAGGUGAUGAAAGGCAACAGUCAAGCCGCGCUGUCGUCCACUUGUCGUAUGGAGUGUUUGCAUGCUCUCCUGCAACGUGGAACUGGCAUGGCAGGUAGUCCGGAGGCUGGAGACUUUGCCGGUCAAUGGAAAGAGACGGAAUCGUCAUUCAUGGCGAUCCUGUCAGGAAUGUAAAAGCCUAUUGUUUGCCGAUCAUGUCAGGAAUGUGGAAAGCUUGUUGACGGUCGCAGCCGUACUACUCUGAAACUGUUCUUUGGGGAUUUAGUUUGUUUUAUGUUUGUCUUUGGUAACUAAAUUUUUAAAUCUGCAUAUUUUAUCUUUUG